UUUUAUACUACGGCACAAACUCAAAGCUCACUUAUCUUCAACGUUCACCAUGCUAGAGGACCAGAAGACCAAGGUGAAGAUCACCUUCCUGGUUAUCCUGGUGGGCAUCUCGUCCAUGUUGGCGGCAGUGGUGACGGACCAUUGGGCGGUUCUGAGUCCCAGGGUGGAGCAGCUCAACACCACCUGCGAAGCGGCCCACUUUGGACUCUGGAGACUGUGUAAAAAGACUAUCUUCAUUGUGGAGGAAGACCCUGAGGGCAAAGGCUGUGGCCCUAUCAGCCUGCCAGGAGUCAAGAACUGCUCGUACUUCAAACACUUCACAUCAGGGGAAGAGGCUGAAGUUUUUGAAGUAAAGACUCAGAAAGAGUACAACAUCUCAGCCGCUGCUAUCGCCAUCUUCAGUUUGGCCUUCAUGACGCUGGGCAGUCUCUGCCUCCUGGGGGCUUUUGGGAAGGGUAGAGACUACCUACUGAGACCAGCUGGCAUGUUCUUUGCUUUUGCAGGCCUGUGUAUCGUCAUCUCCGUGGAGGUCAUGAGGCAGUCGGUCAAACGCAUGAUCGACAGCGACGAGACCAUAUGGAUCGAGUACUACUAUUCGUGGUCCUUCGCUUGCGCCUGCGCCGCCUUCACCCUCCUCUUCCUCAGUGGCCUCAGCCUCCUUAUCAUCUCCAUGCCACACAUGCCCAGAAACCCCUGGGAGACCUGCAUGGACGCCGACCCGGAUUCCAUAGACUAGUAUAGCGUCCACCGCAGAGUAAGAGCGCAACGCAACUGACACAGGAGUCAUACUAGCAGUGUGAAUGACAAUGAGAUGCAUUGACGCAUUGCAUUUAUAGAUGAUGAUAGUGAUGCAUUGAUAU